AUGGUGGCGCCGACGAAAGGAGAGCUGGCCGAGGAGCAGAAGGGGGAGAAGAAGGGACAAGAACGUGAGAGGGUUAGGACAGAGAGAAAAGAGAGGCCGAGGCUUGAAACAGGACAUGGAAGGAUGAAGAGGAUUCAUAAACGGGCUGUGGACCGGACGAGAAAAAGAAGCAUCGAGAUCGAGGCUAUGUUAAGCGACAGUGAUUUCAGCGACAGAGAGGACAGCGACCUAGAGAGCGAGCGGGAGGAGGCUCGGGAAAAGGACGCGGUCAUCGAGACUUUGAGGGAAGAGGUUAGGAGGCUGCGGAACUUGUCUCGCGAGGAGAGUGACGAACUCGGAGAGAGGAGGAGAAGGAGUCGGCGCGCUUCGAGGGAGAGCUGGGCUGGGAGAACCAGCCAUAGCAUCUAG